AUGGGAACUUCAUUGACCGAAGUAGGCUCCAGGCUUGCUGGAAUAAUGUUUAUAUGGGGCACAAUUCAACAACUCUUCCCUCAAAUACUCCGUAGGCGAAUCGAAACCUUCUGGAAUCGACUUGAUAAUUACUUCUACCCUUAUGUAGAAAUCACCAUUGAUGAAUUCUCCAGUGAUAAAAACAAUGAAAUUUACAGCCAUGUCAACAAUUAUUUGAGUACGAAGUCUAUAAGCAAUGAUGCUAAACAUCUCAAAGCAGAAAAGUUCAAGAACAUCAAGUCUUGUGCUGUUAUAUUGGAUGAAGGAGAAUCAACCAUUGAUGAGUUUCAAGGUGCGAAACUUUGUUGGCGCUUUCAUAAGGAAACAUUCAGGGAUGAUUCUCAAGGGCGUAAUUCCCUUCCAAUUGAGAAGAAAAGUUACAGUUUAACGUUCAAUCAACAAUAUCGAGAAAUUGUCACAGAAAAAUACUUGAAGCAUGUGACGGAAGAAGGUAAGGCGAUUGAAUUCAAAAACAAGAAACAGAGGAUUUACUGUAAUAACAAUAGUGAGGAUGAUUAUUAUACACGUUGGUAUGGUUUGUGGAAGCACAUUAAUUUCGAGCAUCCUGCAACUUUUGAUACUUUGGCUAUGGACCCUAAGAAGAAAGAGGAAAUAAAAAACGAUCUCGUUGCUUUUAGUGAGGGGAAGAAUUUUUAUUCUAGUGUGGGCAAGGCGUGGAAGCGCGGAUAUCUUCUUUACGGUCCACCAGGAACGGGGAAAUCAACUAUCAUUGCAGCUAUUGCGAAUUUCUUGAACUAUGAUAUUUAUGAUCUUGAGCUUACCUCAGUUAAAGAUAACUUAGGUCUUAAGAAGUUGCUUAUGGAAACAACAAGCAAGUCUAUUAUUGUCGUUGAAGAUAUUGAUUGCUCCGUUGAUUUGACAGGCAAGAGAAAGAAGAAAAAGAAAGAAGAAAAAGAUAAUGAAUCGGAUUCGGAUUCAGAUUCGGACUCAGACUCAGACUCUGAUAGCGAAAAGAAGAAAUCCAAGAAACUUACACUUUCAGGGCUGUUGAAUUGCAUUGAUGGAAUAUGGUCAGCUUGUGGUCAAGAAAGAAUCACUAUAUUUACAACUAAUUAUAAGGAAAAACUUGAUCCAGCUCUGAUACGUAGAGGACGGAUGGAUAUGCACAUCGAGAUGUCGUAUUGCAGAUUUGAAGCAUUCAAAGUGUUGGCUAAGAAUUACUUGAGAAUUGAAACUCACGAUUUAUUUGAAGAGAUUCAAAGAUUACUAGAAGAAGUAAACAUGAGUCCUUGUGAUGUGGCUGAACACUUGAUACUAAAGAAUGCUGCAGGAGGGCCUGAGAUUUGCUUGAAUAACUUAAUUCAGGCUCUGAAAGAGGCCAAGGAAGACUAUAUUACACUUUUACAUCCUUCAUUACUUAUCCAUGAUUUCAAAGUUGCCCCUUCGUCUUCUCAACCGGCCACUAGUACUGAAGCGGUUGCCCCCGAGGUGGUGACGCUCGAAACGGCAUCCCUUGUUGUGGCUGCUAACGAAGGGGCCGCCAAGCCUCCUUCGUUGGCGUUCAUUCCCGAGGGCUGCUCAAUUGCAAAAGACUUCAAAGUCGAGAAGCCUCUGCACAAACAGGACCGGGGCGAAGGAGUCUUGAGAUAUAUAAGUUAUAAAUUGUUUAAAAUGAGCCAAAGGAAUCAAAACCAGCUCACAAAGGAGUCAAAAGUUGAACAAAACAAAGACCAGACAAAGAAACCUGAAGCGCGGACUGUACCAAUAUUGUACCAAAUGACUCUUAACAACGAAGCCCUCAGGAAUAUACCAUUGGCGGAGGAGGUAUAUGACGAACAUGUGGAUGAGGUCCAUAUUGAACCUCAAGUACCAAGGAGAGGCCGCCAGCCUAAUGACAACAUCCCAAACCCUCCCCCACCUCCUCCAAGGGCAGCCCACCGGGUGUUCCCCAACAAAGGCUAUGCAAGUGCAAUCGUCCCGCCCCGGAUUAGGGCAGGCAACUUUCAAAUAGCCAAUGUCAUGCUUACACUGUUGGAACAGAGGGGUUUCUUCAUCGGAGCUCCACAAAAAAAUGCUUAUAAGCAUCUCAAAGGUUUUGUUGACAUGUGCUGGGGGAGCAAGCAGACUAAUGUCUCCGAGGAUGCAUUGAGGAUACCGCAGCAUCAAAGAAAGUCCUUGAAGACUCCUAGAUGGGUUGAGAGUAGAAUUCAGAAGAAAAUGUAA